ACUUUGGGGUCUUUCUCCUCACUGUCAUUCUUUUCUUUAUUCUUAUUUUUUUUUUCGAAAGUUCAUCUUCCUUGCUGAGAUUGAUGGGCACAUCCCACCGAAAUAAACAAAGAAAAUCACCCCCCAUAUGUACCUAGCUAGCUAUUAUCUUCAUUAAACCCUUGAGAAUUCAGUACUUGCUAUAUAGAUCUUUUGAUAUAAUUUCUAGGAGAGCUCCAUGAUGGGGGGUUCAGAUGUUUUAGGAAGCUCUGGCGGCGAGAUCAGGGAAGUGGUUGCCGGAGCUCAUGAUGAUGAUGACGGCGAUGAGGGGGUUGUUGUUGGGUCUAAUUCCGGCGAAGAAGAUCAUAAUAAGGUUAACGGAGGAAAUCAUGAGGGUGGUGAGAGCAUGAGUAACUGCGGUGGAAACCGAUGGCCUCGACAGGAAACGUUGGCACUCUUGAAGAUACGGUCUGAUAUUGAUGUGGUGUUUCGAGACUCAAAUCUUAAAGGUCCAUUAUGGGAAGAGAUUGCAAGGGACAUGAGAAACAUAUAUAGAUCGAUGGUGUUUUUCUUUGCAAAUGUUGUUAUCAUCAGGAAACUAGCAGAUCUUGGUUAUAAUCGAAGCGCCAAGAAAUGCAAGGAGAAAUUCGAGAAUGUCUGCAAAUACCACAAAAGAACAAAAGAAGGUCGAACUGGGAAGCCAGAGGGAAAGGCCUAUCGGUUUUUUGAUCAAUUACAAGCAUUCGAGAGACAACCUAGUAGUAGUAGUACUGUCGGACACCCUAAACCUAAAGCAGCUUCUUCCACCAGUACUACUGUUUCUCAGAUAACUGUUCCAUUGAAAACAAACCCUACAUUCAUUUCUCAGAGUCUGAAUAUUGCUGUGUUUCCAACAAUAUCAAACUCAACAGUUUCUCCAGCACCAGUAAUAGAACCUGCAAAAUUUUCAGCACAAACAAACAACCCACGACGACGUGAUCCUUUCCAAAGCACAAUAUCUGCAAAUCUUUUUUCUCGUACAUCUACCUCCUCUUCAACCGAGUCUGAUCAAGAACUCAAAGCAAGCUAUAUGAGAAAGAGGAAAUGGAAGGGCUUUUUCCGGAGGAUAGCCAAGGAGGUGAUCGAGAAGCAAGAGAAGCUGCAGCAGAAAUUCUUGGAAGCCAUAGAUAAACAGGAAAACGAAAGAACGGUUAGAGAAGAAGCAUGGAGGAUGCAAGAGAUGGAAAGAAUCAAUCAAGAACAUGAAGUGUUAGUCCGAGAAUGUUCCACGGCAGCAGCAAAUGACGCAGCAAUAAUUGCAUUCUUGCAAAAGAUAUCCGGACAAAGCCACCCAACACAAGCACAUGAUGACAACAACACCGUGCUGUCACUGACAUUAUUGCCUCGGCCACUGCCGCCACAAUUGUCGAACAGCUCCGAUCUUCAGAAAAUGGGUAGCUUUGAGAAUAUUUCUACACCAACGAGCUCAUCUAGAUGGCCGAAGGCUGAAGUUCAGGCUCUGAUAAGGAUUCGGAAAAGCCUUGAACUGAAGUAUCAGGAAAGUGGAACAAAAGGGCAAAUGUGGGAGGACAUCUCAGCAGGCAUGCGCAGGCUUGGAUACAUCCGGAGUGCGAAGAGAUGCAAGGAGAAAUGGGAAAACAUUAACAAGUACUUCAAGAAGGUGAAGGAUAGAAACUUGAAACGGCGAGAGGAUUCGAAUACAUGUCCGUACUUCCAACAGUUGGAUGCACUAUACAAAGACAAGAACAAGAUCAAUAGCUCAGUCGUCAGUACUCCUCCUGGACGUAGUGUGAAGCCGGCCAGUAGCGGCCUGAUGGAGCCAUUGAUGGUGCAGCCAGAGCGACAGUGGCGUCCUAUACAAGAAGAUAUAUUUAACCUACCGCAGUCGACGGCGCCAGAUAUUUAUCAUGAUGAUCAUAGGGAAAAUGUGGAACAAAAUCAAGAAGAAGAUAGAGAUGCAGAUGAUGAUAGUGAUGAGGAAGAAGAUCAAGAUGGUGGCGGCGGUUAUGAGAUGGUAAUAAACAAACCUUCUUUAAUGGAAAAUACUGAAUGACACAACUCACAAGAUAGGGAAGAUUCUUAUAAGUUAAUUAAUAUUGUUAUUGGUGUUAUUUAUUCACAAUAAUAUAUAUAUAUAUAUAUAAUAUAAUUCCCUCCAAAAAAAUGAAGGGAGCUGGUGUCCGGCCAUGAUCUAGAUCUCCAUUUUCAGAUUUCGGUCUGCAGAUUGGGUGGAGGAACACGAGUUUAUUCUGAUCGCAUUUGUACCAGUACAUGACCUGAAUGGUGUGUAGUAUAGAUCAGUAGUUUGGAUUAUUGCUUAAUAUUAAAUAUUCAUAUUAUUGUU